GAUAGAUGUAAGCCUAUCCUUUGCUGCCUUUGAUAUUCCACAAUACUGUUCUGUAAGCUAAAAAAGAAAAUAUGGCGCCUGAAAGUUGUGGUUGGUGGUUAGUGUGUGUAAAAUGUACAUUUUUGACCAACUUUUUCCACUUUUGGUUAUUUCUAGCAAGAAAUUACUAUUGUACUAUCGUUUAGUCAUCGCCAAAACUCUCUUUAUUUCGUUGUAAGUUAUGAAAUCGUUUUGUUGCCUCAGAAGUGGGUUUCGUCAGGGUUCCUUCGUGCGCAAAAGCUGCCUGUAAAGUCAAAACUCUGUCGUGGAGGGCCACUGAAGACCAGAUUGGCACUGAAUCCAAAAGACACCGAUUAGCUGUUUCUAGUGUGUUUGACUAGGGUUGGAGGAGCAUGUCGGACACGGGCACGCAGCUCAGGUUUUUAUAUACUCAGCGCUCAUCCAGACCGUCAGGUGGCGCUAAUUAUCAUCGAGCUCAGCAGAACGAACGCAAACAAAACGGUUGACUGUUAUGGAUGUGGAAAUAAAAGCUUGAAAGAUACUUCAGUGACAUUUUAUCAACGUACAAUGUCUAAACUGCAAAUUUUAAGCGUUUUUCUGACAGAGAGAUUAACUUUAGCUGCGCAGGAGAUAUUUAAGGCUGUGGAAGAUAUAUUUUCAGAGUAUAAUGAUGAGAUUUGUCGCUCCAGACAGGAAAUUGAGCUGCUCAAGAGGAGACUGCAGCAGGCAGGAAUUCAGAUGGACUCUGAAACGCAGUCCUGCUCCUCUGAGACUCAAGCUCAGAAAUACACACAGGCAUUUUCAGAGGCAUGGAGAUCUGAACAUGACUUAAAGGAUACAGAGAUGCAUAUGAAGCUAGAAGUUUAUACACAGCAGGAGGAGAAUGAAGUGCAAAUCCCUGUGUGCAACGAAUCAGCACCUUUAUCAGCAUGUUUGGACAUUUAUCAUGACCAGAUGCCCAGCAAAGACACUGAACCCCAAAUGAUCGACAGCAGUGAGAAUACUUUUCCAUUUAUUAACCAAGCACCUCGAAUUAAGAAUGAACCUGAGACUAAUACUGAAACAGGUAUCACCUGUCAGGCGCAGCAGCACAUCACAAGACACGGCUUGGAUGAUUCAGAGGCCAGUGAUGCAUCCAGUGAUGUCAGCAGAAUCAAAGUCAGUCACGUUGGCUCUCCCAGACAUAAGACACAAACAUUUAAUCUGCCCCUCAGAAAUCAAGAGAUGUUGACGCAGCAUAGGAUGGAGCUGGCUCAGAUAAGAGAGAGAUUGGAAGAUGAAGAGCGAAAGAAGGCUGCAGCAAAAGCUAGAUCCCAAAAGCACAAGCAGAAAAUAUACGGGAAUCCUGAGCUUCGUGAGGCAUACAGGAAAAAGGAGAGAGAGAGUAAACUGCAAUCACAGCGGGAAAGAAACAAGAGCAAUAAGAAGAGUGAAAUUGAGGAAAUGCACAGAGUAAAGAAGAUCCGACACAUUGAAGAAGUGGCGCUUGAUAAAGAACAACAACAACAACAAACACAGUCCAAGACAAACCUGGCUGACAUUUGUUUGGAGGAUGUUCAGCAUGAAGAGGAACUGUCUGAAAGUUACCCGCCACAUCACGAUAUUCAUGGAAAUCCACACGGUACAGGAGAGUAUUUGUGUGUUGUGUGCCGCAGAAGAUUCAGCUCACCAGGACUGUUGAAAAUCCAUCUGAGAAUUCACUCUGGAGAGAAACCCUACCACUGCAACUUUUGUGGGAAAAACUUUAGACAAUCAAGCCAUCUGAACACACAUGUCAGGAUCCACACGGGAGAGAGACCUCACAUCUGUCAGAACUGCGGGAAGACGUUUAUUGACUCGAGUGCAAGAAACAGACACUUCAAAAAAUGUGUUCUUAUCUCUCUGCAUGGACAAUGAAAUUAUAAGGAGCACCUAUUGAAGGUCUUUCCAUUGUUUGCUGAAUUGGAAAUUUCAAGGUAAAUAAUUUUAAGGCUGAAUUUGUUUUUAAAAAAUGGUUGAGUAUCAAUCAAUAGGUCCAAUCCGGUGUCAUAAAAAACAUGAACCAUGAAAAGAAUGAGUGUCAAGAACAGCCCCUGGCUUUAAAAAGAUUUUCACCUUGUUUUUUCUCUGAAAUCUCAUUUGAACUGUUUGAAGCACUUGAAAUGGUACAUUUUCCACAGCAUGGAACACAUCCAAACUGAGCCAAGUAUGGCUCACAUUUUAACCAUGUAAUGCAGUGUUCAUUUAAUGAGCAUUUAUCUUAAGCUGUUCAUGCCUCCAGAUUUUAUCUUGUUUUUUUUCUACAUUAAACUAAAUGUUUAUUAGCUAGCAUAUUUAUGAGGAAUAUUAUUACUUUAUUUAUGACUGGUUUUUUUUUUUUUAAGCAAACAAAAUAUUUUAUUUUAUUUUAAUACAUUUCUUUGGUCUCUUUUUUCACUGUUAGUAUAGAAUGUAUAAACAUUACUGCAGUUUUUAGUCUUUAAUUUUUACAGAUCUUUUUAUAAGGUAAAUUUUGUCUGUAAAGUCAUAUAAAUGACAGAUUAUUCUGAGAUUUUGUCUUCGUAUGAACAGUAAUUUUUACAACUGGAAAAUAAAAAUCAGUCAAAAAAAUUACAUGCUACUGUAAUUGUAAAGGUACACUAUGUAACUUUUUUGUUUGAUAUUAACACAAUUAAAAUAACGAGUCAAUACAUCAUCAGUCUUU